GGAGCACGCGUGUACGAGCCCUUCUGGCUGCACUUCUCACGGAGCUCCGUUCGAAGUCCGACAGGCUGCCGCGAAGGAUCGAGAGCAUGCUGAUACACCCCUCUGUCAACUCCGCAAAGCGCACUGCGCCAGCCCACACAACAGGCAGGUCGGCCGAGCCGAAUGCAUCGUGGGCGCGAGAUGCAGACCCACGCGCUCGCCGCCAAUGCGACACGACGCCUGAGAUGCCACUCUCAGCUGGCGCGUAGCGAAGUCCUCUUCAGUAGAGCGCAGGCGAAGUCCUCUUCCGUGGUCCUCAAAAAGCGCCAGGAUGAAGCGCACAGCAGUGGUGAGAGGCAGGGGGCUGUCGGCUUGUGGUGCAUGUGGUGCAGCAUCGCAGCGAGCGGCUCUCUCAGUGUCCACAGCGCCUGCCACACACACACACACACACAGAGAGAGAGAGAGAGAGAGGAAACGUAGAGUACGCGGCCGGUGCCCGUUCCCGGCCUGUGUACACACCUGGAAUGCCACGCAGGUAGCCCAGCAGCCUGGAUUCCUUGCCGGUGAAGCUGCACUCACUCCGAUUAGCACACGUUUUCCAGACAGAUGAGGCCAUGACGCCAUCCACCAAUACCCGACCGGCCGUCAUAGCCGCCUGCAACGCCUCACCCGUCGGCUCGGCCGCCCAUUGCGUGUGCUGCAGGCCGGCAAGCUCCCACUCGAAGCCGAUCGUAUCCACCUGCCCACCCGCAGUGGAAGCCUUCUUGGCCACUUUGACUGUGAUCGCUUCCUGACCCUCCCGUGUUAGUGCCUUCCUGGCCGAUUUCCUCAUGGCCUGGGCCGUGUUUGUCGCCUCCUUGACUUGCGCCGAGACCUGCUGCUGCUGCUGCUGAUGCUGCAGGGCGGAUGACGAUGGGCACUCGAUCACCGGGGGAAGGCAUGGGGUGGACGGGGAUAGAGAAGGGGGGCACGACAUGGCCAGCUCCUCCUGUGGUGCGCACAGCUGCAGACCCAUCUCUCGCUGGAUGCCCAACACCAAGCUGCGCAAUUGCCGUUGCCCAGGGGUGUCAGUGCGCAUACAGCCCACCGAUGCACCGUGCUGAAGCAGCACACGGAUGAUUUCUCUCCGAAUGCCGACCUUGCUCCCAUCGACAGGCUUGACUUUGUGCUGCUGUGCGAGGCCGACGGCAGCCUCCUCGAGAGCUGUCAUCAUGUAUGGCCUCCCACUGGUGACGUCCGACGGGCCGAGCAGCGAGCACCACUGAUGGACAACGGAUGACGACACGCGGGCGGCGUUGAUCUCCGCAGUGUCCAGCCGCUCACACAGCCAGGCAACCGCACUGGGCGCACCCCAAGACACAGCCAUGUCCAGGGGCGUCUGGCCUCCGCUGUUCCUCCCAGUCAGAGAGCCGCCGUACCGCAAAAACAACUCGAGGUAGCCGAGUAUGAAGGCCGCUGGGUACGCUCGUGAGGCCAUGCACGCCAUGUGCAAGGCGCCCUCUCCGUCACACGCCUCGUUGACCAGGGCUGGAUCAUGGUCGAAGAGACGGCUGCAUAUGGUCACAAAGGCUUCCUGAUAGCGGGCGCUCAGCUGAAUCACGAAUAGCCGGGCAUUUGUACUAGUGAUGGACGCUGCCCAGGACUCAUUGAGCGGCGGACACACGAGCUCAUCCAGCCCAUCCAGCCCUCGCACAGCUGCACCGUGGGCGAGCAGCACCUCCACAGCCGUCUUGUUGGCACAAAGAACGGCAACACGGAGCGGCCGCCGAGUUUCGUCGAGCCCUGCAGGCCGGCAGCCGUCCACAUCCGCACCAGCAGCGAUGAGUGCCUCGAGCACCGACCGCUGCAGCUCUCGUGAGGUCCACACUGGCAGCUUGAGCUGCCGGCCGCCAUGGUGCUCAACGACGGGAGGCGCGUCAUUGGUUUCAUCGUCGAUAGCAAGCGAGAGUAUGCUGAUCCCGGUCGCCAGCUGUCCGACCCAGUAGCCAGGGCCCACACGCAGCUGGACACCCAGGUCGGCCCUCGCGCCGGCUUCAUGCAGACGCAU